UGCAUGCGUUCUGCCAUAACAGAGCGGGGUUGUUCGCCGAGUCUUGGGGGCCUGCCUCCGUCGUCCAUCUCCCACCCCCUCUCAUAUCAUCUCUUUAUUCUCUGGAUGCCUGUCAUGUCACAAGAACCUCCCGAAGACGAAAUUCGUUACACUUGGACUGGCCGCGGACGCAGUCGUUCGCCUACAGAUCGAAGCGCUUACGUCGAAGACACAUACGAAUCAGAUUCGGCCGACGGAAACCAGAGAGAGCAUUCGCCAGGCUACGCCGAAUUCGAUUAUAGGACCGAACCUGAUUACGAACGUGUACCGCCUCCUUUGAAUGCGACAGAUCGGGGCGACAUACCCGAUCAUUUUGUGACUCCAGGAGUAUAUGAACCGUAUCGUAGGCCUCGACAGUCCGACUAUUAUGCUUCAAGAAGCUUUCAUGCUGGUAAUACAAGACGACGAAGCGCGUCGCCUAGGGAAAGAUUGACUCGCUUCGCUGACAGAGUAUCAUUUUCUGAAGAUGCAGACCGAGACGGAUCAAGGUCUGCGUCAAAGGCUGCUAGCGAUAUCACUUCGGCCUCGGACAGGUCGGACACCUACCCGAAAAAAGGCAAAACUCGUAUUCCGAUCCGCCUUGUAUCCAAGAGAGCCUUGAUAGACUUGGGUUAUCCCUUUAUUGAGGAAGGAAACACAAUAAUUGUCCUCAAAGCGCUUGGGCAGAACAACAUUGACGAACUCCUUAAAGCCAGUGAAGAGUAUAAGCGCGUGGAGCUCGAAAUUACUGGACAAGAUCAUUCGUCAGCUAAUACCCCUCCGGUAGAAGUCAUCGCGGUUGAUAUCGAGCCACUGUCUGACACUGAUGGGACAGCCCCUGGCCCGCGAGAUGGCACCUCGCUCGACUCUGCCCAUAACCGAUACGCUACAUCCCCGACUGUCGGUGACAAUGGCGCGGAGUUAGGUGGUCUUCGGAACGGCCAGAGGUACCAAGGGAGCAAUCAAGUGCAUCUGUCUGGUGUUUUCAGUCUGAAUCCAAGUGAUCAGCCUGUUGAAACCCAAGUCUCCAGCUCGGAACUAUCAGAAGCACAGAAGGCUUGGAAUACACCAAAAUCAUGUAUCGAGAACGGAACCGUAACCACGGAGUUGAUAAACAUUCAUGCCGCCGAGCACUACAUGGGCCAAGCAAGUAAACACAAGGUCACUCUUUACUGCCCGAACUCACCACAUUCGGCGAAGUUCAACGCAUCCAAACUUCGAAUGCGGUGGCUCCACCUCGAGGGACCUGCCACAAAACUUCGAGCAUUCGAGAACUUGGUUGCCGACUGUCCUUUCAUCAACCAUGAGCUUAGGGCCGUUGCACUCAACGUCUUAGUCGAAGCAUUUCGGCGAUGCAAGAGACCCUCUGAACUAGGUUCUGAAAUUGAGCCUGGAGCUGUCAUUCGAUACAUUGGAAGGCCUGACAGGUUUGCUGGAAGAUACCGUGGUAGCCCUGUGUUUGAUACUGAAGCAGUUGCUUUUCUCUCAGUCCCUUUCCUCAACUUAUCAAACAGAAUCUCUCCAGUAGACCGUGCAAGCUACACAAGCACCAUAUUAGAGUAUCUUUACGGGUACGACGCUGGAGUUCUAAGACACGCUCACGCUAGUGGACAGGGCGUCAUGCUGGAAGAGGAGCUUGUGCCACGGACAAUCCGUGUACCGCAAAUGUGGUCCCUAAUUAUAGGAUCAAGUAAGCACUGAUAUCAAGUUCUCAUCUUAGUGCCGACUAUGCACAGGAUUCGUCCAUGUACUGUUGUACUGAUGAAACUUUAU